CCGUUCUCGCCUAGAUCAUUAAACCAUUACUCUGCUUCAGAAGCCUGUCCAAAAUCAGUUUCAUGCGGUGCCUAGGUUACUGGGCCUGAGUGACAACGAUUACUCAACGGAACCAUGAGCGAACCCUGGCCGAAGCACGAGCAUAAGAAAACGGCAACGGGAAGUGUUCGUCCAGGAAUGUGUUCCGUGUAGGCACAGCGAAAAGAUGGAGUGUGUGAAUAAAGCGGGUCAGCUCAUGAGUCUGGCUGCUCUACAGCAGCAUGACCCCUACAUAGUGAAGCUGCUGGACGUCGCUGGACAGGUCGCGCUCUACACCUUCAACUCCAAAGCGAACGAAUGGGAGAAGACUGAGAUUGAGGGCACAUUAUUUGUUUAUGCCAGGUCAGCAUCUCCUCAUCACGGCUUCACAAUCAUGAACCGUCUCAGUACAGAGAACCUAGUGGAGCCGAUCAAUAAAGAGCUGGACUUCCAGCUGCAGGACCCUUUCCUCCUGUACAGGAAUAACAGCUUGGGCAUCUACAGUAUCUGGUUCUACGACAAGGCCGACUGCCAGCGGAUUGCACAGCUCAUGCUGCAGAUAGUCAAGCAGGAGGCGUUGCGAGCGUCUCCCAACAGAGGUCCGAGCGGCAGGACCAAUGGUUGUGUUCAGAGCAGACCCACAGAUAUCCUGGAGCUGCUCAGCAAGGCUAAAGAGGAGUAUCAAAGAUCAGUUGAGAGAGAUGUUCAGGUGAGCUCUGAAUCUGCGCCAUCACACGUGAAGAGAGAGGACUUCACAGCAGCUCAACACGAGAAGUCAGGUCACUCAGUAGUGAAGCAGAUCACAGUGGAAGAGCUGUUUGGCAGCUCUUUACCCAAAGAAGUGUCCCAGUCCACAAGCUCCACUGUGGGAGAAAGCAUGCGUGGGCCUGUGUCUCACUCGGUGGAGCCGCUCCUCGCUCCUCGUCUGUCCACUGACCCAGGAGGCCCGGCGCUGGUCUCUCUCUUUCAGGGUUGUGGCACCCGAGACCCAAGACCAGCUGCUUCAAAUACGGAGGAGAGUGGGAUCGGUCGUGGUUCGGCUGGUCCUCUUCCUCCCACAGAGGGUCAUGGGAUGCCUGUAUCUCUGCCUGGGUUCAUGCCCGGCCCGCUGGUCACCCCACAGAGCUUCAGAGAAUCUGCCAGUAAAGUUUCAGGGCCCUUUACAGGAAAGGCUGCAUUGUCGGCACAGAGUAAAGAGGCGCAUGCCUUUACACAGUCCUCGACUCUGGUCAAACCCAGUCCAGCGGGGCCAGCUGUUCAGGGGGAGGAGUCUUCACUGCUGCUGUCUCCUAGUGUGUUCCAGCAGUCAGGGAGCAAGACAGCCGAGCCACUGAAGAUCUCUGCCUCCCCGAUGCCUCCCACAGCAGACCUGUCCUCUUCUCUGUACAGUCGCAGCCAGCUUAAAGAUGCACUCAUACAUCUCAUAAAGAAUGACGCCCAUUUCCUCAGUGCAAUCCAUGAGGCUUACAUACAGAGCCUCUCUAAAGGCCUCAACAAUGUCAAGUAACAGUCACAAACUAAACAAA